AUGAACUCGAGUGCUGCCGGAACUGCGGCUUUUGCAUUUAUUGCCUUCUUCUUAUUGAUACCAGCUUUUAUAUGGCAUGGCAAGUGUAGGAAUAUUGCUGCCACAUUAUUGAUAUUUUGGUUAAUGUUGAUCGACUUGAUUGGGUUUGUCAAUACAAUGAUAUGGAGUGGUGCAGAUUUUGACCAAGUUUACAGUGGCAAAGGGUGGUGUGACCUUACAUUAAAGUUGGAAGUAGGAGCUUCGAUAGGCAAGUUAUGUGCCAUCACUUGCAUUUCAAUGAACUUGUACAUGAUACUAUGCGCUCAAAAACCCAUCUUUAUGGACUCAAAGAGUUGGAAAAAGAUUGUUAUUGAUUUGGCAAUAUGUCUCGUUUUCCCCAUAUUUAUCAUGUGUGUUAAUUACAUCAUACAAUCACGAAGAUUUGCAAUUCUCAGGUAUCGUGGAUGUUCUGCAAUUUAUUCCAAUACAAAUGCUACAAUAGGAUUGUACUUGAUCUGGCCUAUAAUCUGGAGCUUUAUAGCAUUUGUCUUUGCUGCUCUAACAUUAUACAAAUAUAUUCAAAAAAGAAAGGAUGUCAAGGAUAUAUUGAUGUGCACAAACUCUGGAUUGAACAUUAAACGUUUUGCACGGCUUUUGUUAUUCUGUGUGUUGGUCAUAUUUGGAAUGAUGCCUCUUGCUAUUUUCUAUUUUGUUGACUCCGUCGGGACAAUCCGGGAGCCCUUCCAUUGGUCUCAAGUGCAUGAUGACAAGCUUUGGGGUGUAAUUGAAUACUAUGAUUUUGGCUACAUCACCGUUGCAGAUAAGCUAGUUAACUCAAUGCUAUCAAUUAUUGCGUUCCUAUUGUUCGGGCUAGGUUCAGACGCACUACAAAUGUACAAGUCCUUGUUCAGAAAGUUCUCCCAGAACACAGUUACAGAAACAUUGCCAUUGUCGAAACAAUCUACAUAUGUUCAAAAUGGUGGAACACCUACAAAAUUCAACUCUCCCAAUUCUCAAUUCAGUCGAGGUACAAAUUUCAGUGACCCUACUAUGCGUGAGUUUGAUGAUUUUACCGAUGUCAUCAAGGACUUGGGUAUCGAUCAGACUGAUGUAGCACGCAAUGUCGAUCAAGAAAAGGGGGCAACUUCGCUUGUUGAGUGCGAUGAGAAAGGUUUGGGAGGUGACUUUUUGUACACCUACGAGGUGAAGCAAAAGCCUUGA